CGGCCGGGGCUCCCGCGACCGCUCGGGCCGGCCGCUGCCCCUUCCGGCCCGCGGGCUCCGCUCGGCUCUGCCCGGCGCGCCGCCGCCGCGCUCGCCCGCCCUUCGGCUGUUUCCGGAGCCGCUCGCGGCUGGCGGCGGAGGCGCUCCCGGCGCGGGCUGCAGAUGUCGGAGCGGCGGUUGGCCGAGAGGCCGGGCCCCUGGAGCCCCGCAGUGGGCCGAGGGCCGGCGGGCGGCGGCGGGGACGGCCCGGGCGUGGAGGGGAGCCAGGCGGCCGCCUCAGAGAAUGAAGAUCUAGAAAACACUAAGGUCACCUCUCCAGUGGCUCCUGCCUCUGAUCCAGAACCCAAUUCCUCAUCCUACAGGCCACAGAUGGUAUCUCCAGGGAGUGAGGAUGCCGCUGAAGAUCUGCGGAAAGCAGCCAGUGCCUUGGAGGCUCAGGCCCUGGUGGAACAGGAAGUGCUGCCUACAGACCAGGCCCAGGUCCUCAACAAGAUGGCCAAGUAUCAAGUUCCACAAAGGUCUGGGGACAUCGUUAUGAUCCAGUCUGAGCACACGGGAGCUAUAGAUAUUCUUUCAGCUGAUUUGGAAUCUGCAGAUCUUCUGGGGGACCACAGGAAAGUCUCCCCACCUCUGAUGGCUCCUCCGUGCAUCUGGACCUUUGCCAAGAUGAAGGAAUUCAAAAGCAAGCUGGGCAAAGAGAAGAACAGCCGUCUGGUGGUGAAGCGGGGUGAGGUGGUGACCAUCCGGGUUCCUACCCAUCCAGAGGGGAAGCGUGUCUGCUGGGAGUUUGCGACCGAUGACUAUGACAUUGGCUUUGGAGUUUAUUUUGACUGGACCCCUGUAACCAGCACUGACAUAACUGUGCAGGUCAGUGAUUCCAGUGAGGAUGAGGAUGAAGAUGAGGAAGAGGAGGAGGAGAUUGAAGACCCUGUCCCAGUUGGAGAUGUGGAGAGAGGCUCCAGGAGCUCCCUGCGAGGUCGCUAUGGGGAAGUCAUGCCUGUGUACCGGCGGGACAGCCACCGAGACGUGCAGGCUGGCAGCCACGACUACCCCGCACAUUUCAUUUUGCCUUUGGAACACUUUCCAUCUGUUUCUCGGAAGGCUUCCAUCUGCUCUGAGCCAUUGAGACCACCUCUUCUGUGGAGUUAAACAUGAUGAUUUUAGGCGAAGUUGGGAAGUGAUCAUGUUCCAUUCCCGCAGGUCAGUCCUGUGAUGCUUUGGGAGAGUCUGCCCCUUCUGAGAUGGAUCGUCCCAAACUACCCCUGCAUUCCCCAUGAGGAAUUCUAGGUUGUGAGGAAAGCCGCCCAUUCUCCCAGGAUUGAGUGUGGAGGAACUGACUAGCCCAUCAGAGAUAUCCUGUGAUUCCAGGAUUUCAAAGUCCUUUGCCUACUCUGAGGUGUCACCUUCUUCAUGAGGUUUCCUUUGUCUCAUUCCUCCCUCGUGUGGGUGCCUCACACCAAGGCUUUCCUCCCUCUAUGAGCAGGAACUCACAGAGCAGGGCUCCUCCAGUAGGUCUGCAGUAGCAUCUCUGUCACGAACAAAGGGCAAUAUGGCCUGCACCUUCCGUUCCCCUGGGUGCAAAGCCUCGAGUAGGAUAGGAUGUUGUGGAUGGUCAUAGCAUCCCCCUGCUCUGAGCAGCAUCGUACAUCCAUUGUUUUAUAUUUGAGUGCAUUUUAUAGAGGAUUACACUGGCCAAAAUUUAUAUACCUUGGAAAAAAUUAGAAAUUAUUUUAGCGAUUGUCUAUUUGGGCGGUAAAAAGCAAACUUGCGUGUCAUCCCGUCAGACAGCUGAGUGACCACUCUUUCACCACUGAAGUUGAAUCCUGCCUUAGCUAAUUGAAUGAAUCUUUAUAAAAGAAUUUUCUACUGAGCUGUUCUCCAGUUAGCUAAAGCCUUGCUUAAUUUUUCUGUUUAUUAACUUCUGACUUUCUCUUAAAAAGGAGCUCACAGGCCACAGCAAGCUCCGUGGGAUAACACUUAUUGUUUAUUUUUGCCAUGAGAUUCUCUGUACUUAUUUUCUUUGGAAUCUUAGUUCUGUUGCAUCAGGGAAGCCUGAGGGACUUGGUCCCAUGGCCUCUGUGUGCCCCUUAUUGUCUGGUCACUUUUGAAGUCUUGGACAUCGUUACAUUUCAUUCUGUACUGGUGUUCACUAACAAUCAGGGUUUCUUUGUUCAAUUAGCACAAAAUAGCUAAGAUAUUUUCACCGUCUAAUUCAUUCGCUAUUCUCAUAAUAAAUUUCUAUAAUUACUGAACUUUAGGGAUAAACUAUUAUUUACUGAAGCACAAGUAAUAAUAUACUGAGAAUAUCCCAGCCCAGCAGAUCCUAAGAGGUAGUCAUUUCCUUAGUCUCUCCCAGUCCAAGUUUAUAGAGCCAGAUAGCAAGAUGAAAAUCACUUGCUUUCACCCCACCCUGUUCUCUAGAGCACAAAUAAACAUGAACGUACAAUUGAAAGAAAGCGCAUCAUAGUGGGAGAGAGACUAGAGUUCUCUACACAGAGUGGCUGAGCUCUUAAAUUCCUUCAAUUUCUUUAGUUUUGCUACUUUUUGCUGGAGAUGGGGCUUUUAGAAAGGAAGACAUGUUUAAAGUGUUAAUUUUUUUCCAACAUUUUAUUAUGAAAAAUUUUCAGCAAACAGUAGAAGUCUAUAGUAAACACCCUUAGGUAUACCUAGCACAUCGAUUUUAUAAUGCUAAACUGCUAAUUUUUAAACAAAGAUGAUUCCACAAUUCUCUUGCCUUUCACAGGGGGCAAAUUAGCGUAUGUUCUGUGCACAGACAUCAGGCGUCCUGUGUCAGAGAGCCCCUGGGUUUUAGCAGACUUGUUUCAUUCAAUGUGUAUUAUCUGGGAGGUGGUCCUCAUAGAAAGGUUUCUUGGUCUCCAUCUUUCAAAACUCAUGCUGUGUUUCCUCCCGCCUCAGGCCAUAAUUUUUGCUGUUUUCUUCUUUAACUGGCAUGUCAGCGUGAGGGUAAUUGUGAAGCUGCUCUGGAAGGACUACAGUCUCUGUUGCUUUAUGACACAUCCUCAGGACUCUGAAAUUAAAACUCAAUCCUCAGACAAUAUGUAGCUUUAUAAUAGAAGUAAGUAGCAACUUGAAAUUAGGCCAUUCUUAGUUAUUCUUUUCUUCAUUGAUUCAUGCACUUUAAAAGUAUUUUUAUCUGUUAUUUAGUAAAGAAAAUCUCAGACUUUUAAAAAGUAUAUAUUGUCCCUUAUAAUAUGUAUAUGGAAGAGUUAAAUCUGAAAGCUCUCUGUAUUGUAUUAAUCGCUGGGAUUGAAUAUUAUUGUAAAACUUAUCAUUUAUAGAAAGAUCUGAGUCUGUAUGUCUUUUUUUCUUUUUUGCUGAGGAGGAUUUUCCCUGAGCUAACAUCUGUUGCCAGUCUUCCUCUGUUUUGUAUGUGGAUCGCUGCCACAGCAUGGUUGCCAACGAGUGGUGUAGGUUUGUGCCUAGGAACUGAACCUGGGCCACUGAAGCAGAGUACGCCAAACCUAACCACUAGGCCAUGGGACCGGCCCCAAGUUUGUAUGUUUUUGAUGAGCCCUACUCAGUCCCUCUUUGAAAGAGUUAGGUGAAACCCAAACCUACAGUCUGUAUUUUGAUAUUUAUUUUUUAAGACGACUUUUUUGCAAAAGGUUGCCUUUUACCCCCAGAGUAUAUGGGUCUAAGGUACAGAGUUGCGUGACCCUAAUAUUUACAUAAAAGACAAUUGUUUUAGAGGAAGCGGCAUGAGUGAAACAUGAGAACAUGAAGCUUGAGAACUGCCUUUUUAAAUUGAUAGUAAGGAAUGAAAACAGAAUAAAAUGAGGGGAAGAGAGAAAAGCUAUCAAAUGUAUCCUGGAAUUUUUCUCAUAUCCUGAUUUCGUUUAGUUAUUUCAUUUGCAUUUCAUUAGUUGGAAUUGUUCUUUAAGCCAGAAGCCUCACUGGUUCUCAUUGUGCUUGUCUGAGAAACCCCAAACCCACUUUGCUGUCUUUUCCAACAGGGUCGACUUUAGGGGUAUUUUUGAGUAGGUCUCCUCUGCUAAGUGUAAUCCUGACCUGAGCAUUGAUUUCAUCUCUAUAUUCUCUGGAAUUUACAAGUCUGGUGCCAAGAAAAAAGAUGGUGAGAUCAGAAAGAGGCUGGGAGGAGUUCCAGUUGUGUCACUGUAGCCUUGGUUGGUUAUGACUAUGGCCAGGAAAGGGAUGAAAUAGGUUAAUUUUGACCAACAUCACAGAAGAGCCUCAAGCCACAAGAGUAUGUUUGUGAACAAGCUGUGCUCCCUGUAGGCUGACCUCCCUGUGGGGUGUAGGAAUCACCAUCUUCUUUAAUCUGUGUGGGAUGGUCAUACACACAGCAGGAAAUGGAAGCAAAUGACACAGCGUGUUCUCUCUUUUAGAGCUUCCAUUUAGAAUUUCUCCUGGGUCUAAAAGGUCCACAUCCGCCUCUUUAACUAGUCUCUUUCCACUUGGCCAAAAGUGUAGAACUCCUAGAAACCUGAAUCUGCUAGAAAAGGGAAGAGCACCAUCCCAAUAUAAUCUCAGUGAUUGAAAAGAGUUAGAAAGUGAGUUUCUGUCUGAUAAAAAGGUCAUUUCUUUUUUGUUGUUGUCGUUGCAAGGGGUAACUUGUUAAGGGAUGUAUUAACAAGAGAGCAAGUCAUCGUGUGUAGGGAAUGGGUGCCUAAAACCAAUCACAAGCUGGGUGCUUUCCACCACCCCAGUAUAUUGCAAGUAUCCAUAUGGCCGAAGUCCCAGUCUUCACCUACUUGGGAUCCUAUCCACACAGCUGAGAGAUGGACUAGGCUCCCUCAUUUCUCUGAUGUCUUAAUUGUGGUAUUGUUUAGCCCUGGCAGCAUGGUCUCCAGGGCCUCUGGUUACCUGAUUAACCAGAAUUAAAUAAUAGUGUGAGUUGAGUAGAUAAGGCAAUCAACCUUGGUUGGAAGUAGAGCAGGGCAGGGAUUAUGAUUUACAGUUUCAUGUUGGGAUAGCUGAGUGACUCGUGUAUUACCGUGCAAUUGGAACUCUUGGUAACCUUACCAAAUGAGUGAAGAGGAUGUGACAGUGCUGUACGGAUGAGGACAACAAAUUAAUUGAGUUGAGUAAUAAACAGAGCAAGCCGUCCAUCUCUGGGCACUAUAGUCUGUCACUGGCUGUAAGUGCAGUUUCAUUGUGAGUUUGCAGCUCCUUAGCGUUCUCUGGAGAACCCCCCAAGAGCUGGUUCCUGGUGGCCUCUUUUCGGGGAAUGGGGGGAGGCACCCAGGCGGGAACUGCUUUGGCUCAGUUGGUGCCCGGUGAUGGUCAGUGGCACCCCUUUGCUUUGUCUAACCUGUCCAGCACCUGUGGGCACUCCUUUAACAUUGAUCCAGUUAUUUAGAUUAUGAGGCUGGGCAGGAUUUGGGACCUAAAGUGUGAGAAAAACUUUGCUAAGUGUUGUGUCGCCGGAUUUGAGAAAUCACUUCUCCAUCUGAAGUGUUGCAUUGUCCCUGUCUGAACCGCGAAAGCCACAUACACCCCUCCUGUUUAAAUCUCUUGUCACUAAGCUAGGAAAACCCAAUUGCCUAAAGCCCCCAUAGUGGGGUUCAUUCACAAAUAGUCAUUUUCUCAAAAACUAAGUCCAAAGGCAAGGCGCUGGCUUUGAAAGUAUUUGUGGUUCUGGUCACUGGUUUGAACUCAUGAUCAGAUUUCUAGUAUAUGUGCUUUGAUUUCUUUCAGUCCCCAGGCGUGUUGACUAGAGUUAAUUUCAUGGCUUUUCUUCAAUCUAAGAGAUGAAGAAAAGGUGCCCCAGAAAUCUAGAGAGACAGUCUUCUUUAUUAAAUUCCAGUUUUCUGUCACUUUAAGCAGGUGGUUUUGGCUUAUCUAGGGGUAAAAUAAUAUAUGUGAAAUGACUUCUGGGGGACAAAGUACAUUUGCUGAAAGUUCUGAUAUAGGGUCAUGAUUAAUCCUAAAGUUUUAGUUUGAAGUAUUCUAGUAUAUGGGAUUACAGAAGAGCCCUUAACUUACAGUCAAUUUAAGGAGCUCUCUUCCUGAAUUCUCUUCCUCACUCAGGUUUGAAAUACCUCUGUGUAAAAAUGUUCCUUGUUAUUGGUUGUUGUUGUUGGUGUUUAGGUUCAGGCCAAGAAUCAUCUGGAAAACAUUAUCUUCAUUCCUUCUCUUAUGUCCUAAGCAGUACAUUUUACUAAGAAAUUCCAUAUUAAAUACUCUAGUAAGAUCCCUUUCUGAGAUUAUUGUCCCAUAAAUGAAUUUGUUUUCAUUUAAUAAGUUGAAUUAUUUUCAUUUAGCCAUAUUCAAGAGCAGAUAAAGUCUGGAGAAAGCAAUUUUGUGACCCAUGACUCUGAUGUACCCAUUUUCCCUUAAUAAUGGGAAGUGUUUUGAAAUUCCCAGAAGAAAGCUGCUUUGUAAUCAAAGCAAUGGAUUAUAAGAAAGCCAGACUUUUGGAUAAUUGGAAUAGAGGGAGGUGCUUGAAGAUUCCCUAAACUACUUUAUGCCAUUUACUUACAUUUCUGAAAGGCCUGCUUUGGUGCCAUGCACUGAGAUCUAUCAGUUGACUGAAAGAUAAUCAUGUUUUCUUGGUAAAUGUUUAAACAACUGACAACCACAAAGGCCUUUCCUUAUUGGACUAUAUCAUGCACUGAUGCAGACAUUACAAAAAUGGGUCCAGAAGGGAAUAUCACAGUCUUUUCUUUAAAAUACAAAAGUAUCCCAGCCACUCAUUUAUUACAGUCAACUUGUUUUACAUGUCCCCCAUCAUGAGAAAUGCUGUCAACAUCUCCUAUGAUUUCUAAGUUAAGAGCUCUGUACCAAAUGUUAUUUAAUCCUUAUGUCCUGCUGAGUGGUUUUGCCUUUAAAAUAUAUUUUACCACCCUGUGGCACUGAAUGUGUUACUGUGAUACACAGAUAAUCCUGAGCUAUGGUUCUUUAAAUAGUUCUGUUCUUGUGUUUUUAUAUUAUGUAACAGUUUUGUGAUGCUUUUGUGCAUUCUUUGUCUUCUCUUCCGAGUUUUGAAAUCUAUCAUAAAUAAACUUUUUCACUAUGCACCUGAAACAUUUGAAUUGUAUCUUAAUGAACCUGGUUUACAUUAAAAAUUUUUUAUUCAUCUCUCCUCUGCAUUUUAGGAGGAAAGGUAUUCUAUAAAUCUAUGUGAAUUAUUUUAUAAUCUAUUAAGAUUAUAAAAAUUAACAAUUAAGAAAAAAUUUGGAAUAAGAUUAAUGAUAGAUCUUUCAUGUGCAUUUAAAUUUAUGGCAGAGUAUUAUGAACUAGGAGCUGGGUUUGGCCCAAAAGCAGAAAAAUUGGGUUUAGAGUGAUGAUUACUAAAUAGAACAUUAUCGAGUUUUGUCAGUAUUUGGUCCCCAGUGAUGUUCAUUUUCCAAUGAACUUACUUACUCUGCUCAAAUUUGGUUCCAGUACUUUGGACACCAAGGUAAUCAUUAAGACAGUCUGGGUGAUAUUAAUUCAGCCUAUUUUCAUUUACAAAAAUGACACCAUUAGAGAUCUUUGACAUCUCUUAAAAUACUGCCUCUGUACAUCCCUAGAGUCUGUUACGGAAUGAGAAGGCCUCACAUCUGAGCAGGGAGGGGGUGCUGUUUAUAUUUUCUUGAGCGAUAUCUGUGGUUCUAAGAUGAGCCUAGUAGAUUUUUCUCUGCUUUCCUUGGCAACACAUUUUAGAGGCUGACGUAUAAGGAGGAAAGAUUUGAAAUAAUUGUGAGUUAAAUGAAUAUAAUCUGCCUACUAAACUGUACCACAACCAGCAGUAAAAAGCCCAGGCAGGCUCCAUGUAGCUAGGGAUCUGUAAUGAGUUACAUUUGGGUAUGCUGAAGGUAGUAUGUCACUGCUAACACACAGCAUACUGAAGAUGAUUUAACUUUUGAAAGCACUCAUAUGUGUCUUGUCAUUGACCCUGACAUAGUUCAGGAUGAUAUAGGGCAGCCCAGACUCUGCAGCUCUUGCUAUUCAGCCUGAUGCUCUUCACUCAUGUAGUUCUGGCUGAAACUCAGCAGCCAUCUUACUUCAGGGUUUUCUCCCAAAGUAGAGCAAUGCCUGCUAGUGAUCUUGGAACCAAGAACUAAAUAAGUUAUGUUUAAAAGUUAGGAGGAGCCAAUAAAAUGAGUACUUACUUUGUGGAUGUGUGUAUGCAUCUGCUUGUCUAAUAAGUUUACUUUCCUUAAUGCAUAUGUAAAAUUGCUUUGGAACAAAAUCCUAUUAUCUAUUUUGCUUUUUCUCAACUAUUUCUUGGCAUCACCUCCUUCCUUCUUUCAUCCUUCUGAAGUAUUUGCCAAGACUUGCUACUUCCACUGAGUUAGAAGACUCUCCGCAUCUAAAUCCCAGUAUCAGGCCACUCCCACUGUGGGAAGGCCUCGCUGUAGCCUCUCGCUUACCAGGAUCAGGCGUCUGCUGAUUGUUCUUCACAGACCUGACGACUGAUGUGGAAAUGAAGGACUUGACUUUUACCACUCACUUGGCCUUUAGAGAGAAGCCCCUACUGGAAAAUAUCCCCUAAGCAGGUGAUGGUCUUGGAUUGAGAGCUAUAACUGGCCCCUGAAAAUAAGAAUUUUUUUGCAGAUGAGGGAGCUGCAGAAGGGGAAGUUUUCAAAACCCUUUAGAGAAGCUUAAUUAUUGCUAAGCCUUGGAGCCAUCUGGACUGACCUCUAGAGGAAAGUCUCUGCACUUGGGGAAAUAUUUGCUCCUUCAUGACUUUCUAGGGCCCCUGAAAGAACAGAGAGACAUUCUGGGUGGGGGGAGGUUAGCCAGCCAAGGUUGUACAGGAAGGAUAUCUUUCAAUUUAACAUGCACUUGUGGAGCAAGGCUAGUCACCUCGCUUGGUACUGGGAUAACAGUGGGUCGGGAGUGCAGCCCUACAGGAGCUUGAGGGAACUCUGCUCUCAUGAAAGGGAAAUGCUGCAUUCUCUUACUCUCUAGAGCACAACUAGGUUCCUCUGGGAGUAGAGAAGAGGGUUCUCCUCUCUCCCUUGUAGCCAGUCCCAGGGCUCUGGAGGAUGGUUCCCUAUGGGGAGGAGCUGAAGCCGGCAAAAUCUCAGGUCUCCACGUUCCUGAACAGCAGGGCAGCUCCCCAUGUUGAUCAGGACUCCAGGGAGGUCGCAGGGCUAGAAACAUGAUAGCCUCACUCUGACUCAGAACUGCAGGCCCACAAACCAGACAGGCUGCUCUCUCGUCAGCUGUGGUCAUUCAGUGAGGCCCCAACCGCUACUCAUCCCAUUGUCCCCUCCUCCCCCAUGCACUCCUUUUCCAUCCCUCAGUUGAUCAUGAGCUGGUGGCUCCCCUGGGCCUGCCUUCUCUCUGAAGCUCUCCCAUUUCCGUCUCCCCAGUUCCCCUCACUUCCUCCCAGCCUCAGUCCCUGAAGCUCACAAGGAGAUACCAGGAAAGUUGUUGCAGGCCCUUGAGAGCAGAGGUGGUUCUGGGUUGGUUCUCUCCUUGGUUCUCAGUGAGGAAGGUGGCAAAGAUGGUCCCCAGCCCUGGCUUUGAGAUGAGCUUGUGUUGCUGUAGACUUUGGAGAGCUCCCACGGCUUAGGUUCUAGCUUUAAAAUACAAUAAUCUCCUUCACAAAAACAUCAUGAGACCAGAUGGACUGUUGACCUCCUAAAGCCAGUGCAGCUGAGAACCACAAAGGUUUAGUCAGUUUCUUCCCCUGGGUGGUACAGGUAAUCAGUGUGGGGAAAGUGCAAGAACCCAGCACUUUCCAGGUGAGACACCUCAGAGGAGCCUGGAGGGUUUCUUUGGCUUAGACACACUUCUCUUAUCGUGGGGAAGGACAAGUUUGUCUGCGUUUGGGGAAAACCAGAUGAGAAAGGAGGACCUCAGAAAUGUCACCGACUCCAAGGAUCUCUGCUGAACACAGGAAAAGCCAGAGCAUUUGUUCUCUACCCUUCCCAUACACCCAGGGUUGAUUUUCAUGUUUCAUUUGACAUAGAAAACUCCUGUUUAACCAAAGGACCUGAACUAUGAGAACUAUGAGACGUAUGGGGAAAAUAUGUAAAAUGAGUUUUGUGCAUUCAAUGAGGGAUCCUCUUUAACUGAUUUUGAUUUCCUUAAAAUCCAUUAAGCUUUUGCCAGGAGUUUUAGGCUGGCUGAUGGAGCCCCAGGUUAAACAGGUUAAUAUUUUGCUACUGCUUAGGAGACCUGAGUUGAAGUAUGUCAACUCUGAGAAGUCAUCUUGGCUCAGACAGAGAGAUAGGCAACAGACUUAUUGAGUGGUAGAAUUAGAGCUGGCCAUUAAAUUUUCAGGAGUAAGUGGAGGGACAUACGCUCAGUAAGAGCAGGAGCCAUGUGUGCCAUAUUCCCCAUCACACAGCCACACAGCCCAGCUCCCAGCCCGUGGGAAUCCCCUGGGAGGGCUCACUGCAUGCUGGAGGCCUGAAGGGAGGGAAGUGGUAAGUCCAUUACUAGCUGGAGUAGGAGAGCCACCAGAUUUUCUUCUUCCGGGAAAAGUCACACUUCAGCCCCUCAUUAUACCUAGUUCUCUCUAGAAUUAUUCAGGGCAGGGGGGAGUGGUCUCAGGUUGUCUCUGUUUCUGUACUUUGUCCUAGUUGUGGAUUCUUUCUAGUUCUCUCACUUCCCAGAAGUCUCUUGGGCUUCUUUCUCUGUUGCCUGGAGAUGAGACUGGGAAGAGGGAGGGGGCGGGGCGUGGUAACCUCAGCAGUGACGGAAAUUAUUUCAGAUUAUUUGCGCUCCCAAAGGCACCUGCUGGUGAGAGGCAGAGCCAGCUGCUUCCUUAAUCCCAGGAAAGUGGCAGCAGCAGCACCCCAUCUGGCCAAGCCUAGCCUCUGAGGCUGGCCUGCUGCUCUUCGCUGAUUCUGCCAUCUCUCCAGGGCCAGGGAGGCACACUGCUUGGGAGAGUUGGAGCAUGGCCUGAGGCGUGGGGCCGCCCUCCUUUCCCCAGAGUUCAUUCUGUCUUUAAAAUCCACAGGAGCUUUAAUCACCUUGUUUCAAAUGUCAAAAUCAGGUGACAGUUCCUGAUCCCCGGGCUGAGCAGAUUAGCCUCAUCUCAAGUAAAGCCUUCUUGAAGAGAGCCCAGGUGAGGCUUAUCUAGCCAGGCAAGUGAGAGAAAGGGUCCAGAUGGCAGCAGGGCAGGACAGGAGGUACCAGUGAGUCUCUCUCAUCGCUGUCUCAUCUACCUUCCUGUGCUUCUGCCUGGGCAAGCUUGCCCUGGGAACAGGAGUGGCCCACUUUGACCAUUGUAGAGUCUGGAACCCAGGUCAUCUAAGAGAGGAGAGACCACAAAGGAGCCCAGGAAGAGAGGGAAGAACUAGGUGCUCUGGGAUGGGGCUGAAGAAAAGGGACUCGUGGCUGAGAAAGGCGGCUUCCAUUUGAACCAGACACAUCUACCUUAACUCCCCGUUUAAACCUCAGCCAGGCAGGGGGAAUGAAAUCUUACAUAUGGGACGUAAGGGUCAUCUUGUUUCACUCCCAGAAGGGAUCCCAAUCUCCCUACAGUAUUUCUGCCAAGAGGUGAUCCUGGUUCUGGGUGAAUACUGCCAGGCAUGGGAACCCAAGGUAGACUGUUAUCUUAUUGGUCUCCUGAGUUAGCCUGGUCAGUAGCUGUUCACACUGCUCUCGGAGGAGUCUGCCUCCAGUUUCCAGGACCACUCACAACAGGAUUUACCCUAAGUGCCUAAUCCUGGGACUGGUCCAGAGAAUGCUGCCCCUGAAGAUGAAAGACUGGGUUGAGAGCCGACUUCCUUCUCAGUGCUGCAGUGGAACACUUAACAAUGGUACCAUUCCUAGCCCGGGGAACUUAGCUGGUCACAAAAUGCUUUCUUUCCUGCUGCUUCUAUCUGUUCUGUUCUGGAUCUUGUCUGAUCCUCUCAGGCAGGCUUUUGGGCUUAUUUCUCUUCUUUGCCCUUAUAGGUCCCAGGGGCCAGGCCUACCACAGGGUGGGCAAGUGGCUGGCUGACUUCCUGUCCCAGUCCAGAGACAGGAGGAUUCCAGCAAGGAAUCUUC